AUGAAAAGCGAUUUUCCAAUAUCCCUUCUUUUAGUAAAUUAUAAGGACUUUGUUAGUAAUUUUUUGGAUAUUCCCAGCUGGGGAAGAUUAAAACCGGACAAAGUUAAAAGAUACAUAGAGAACAAAAUUAGUAUUAUACAAAAAAAAAUACUGUUAAAUGGGGAAACAAAUUAUUGGAAGUACGAGCAGUCUUUGUGCAUUCUUCUUCGUUUAUCAACAUGUCUAAAUCCUUAUUCAGAUAUUCGAGAGUCAAUUUCUAAUAGUUGGCAGCAUAUUAUCAAUGAUUUGAAUAAUACAUGGUCAUCUAACUUAAGAAGUGAUGAGAAUUCCAAUAAAAUAUCAGCAGAAAAUAAUGAAGUAUUUUUUUACACAAAAAUUAAAGAUAUACAUCCGGAUUUAUUAUUUAGCAUUACUUUGGGUGGGAGCAAUAUUUCAAUUAAAGAAGCAAUAAAAAUAUUUACAUCAAAUACCAACGAAAAUAAUCAAUAUUGCCUUCCUUGUGGAAGGUUCAUUUCUCCAGAAUAUUUAGUUCCUGGUACUCCUGGGUUUUUUUCUAAUGAUAAGCUCAAUUCAAAUGAAAACGAAUUUUUUUGGAAGGAGGUUUUUAAUACAUUUCACGGGAGAAUUCCAUCUAUAUUUAGAAUUGUUUAUAUAUUUCCUGAAUAUGCUAAAGCAUUACUUAAAUCCUAUAAAAUAAAUAUGGAGGAUCAGAAUUAUGGAGUUCUGCCACUUUAUUACCGUCACUUUAUUGGGAUAUUAUGUUCAUCCUUAUACGACAACGAUUAUAUUAUCAAAUUAGAGAUGCAAAUGUAUAUAUUUAAUAAUGGUCCAAUUGAAUGGCUAGAAAACCCAUCAGAAGUUCUUCCAAUUAAAUUUUUCGCACUUUUCGAAUUUCUAAAAUGUAUUACUUUUGAACCAGCAUAUGUUUCUAAUGAACUUAUGAAUCGUCUAAUAGGAGAAAUUUCAGAUACUCAAGUCUGGACAAUAACAGAGCUAUGCCAUAUACUUUGUAUUGUUACAACAAUACAAUCGAUAUCGCAAUUAUCAUGUUCAUUUGGAAUAACAUCUAUGGAUCAUUGGGAUCUUGGCCCAGAUCCAUUGGAAGGAACCAAUUGUGAUGGAAAUACAUGCUACAAACCAAGUCCAUCGACAAUGAAAGAUUGCUUUGAAUAUCGAAAAGUAAUUUUAUCAAAUUCUAUUCACGAAAAUCCGAAUCUAGAUUCUUUGACAACAUCAUACUAUAAAGAAAUUUUAUCGGAAUAUAUUGAUGUUGAAAAAGAAGAAAGAAAUUUUACUUUUCGUGCAAAAAAUAAUUUAACAUCGAGUGCAAACACAAACAUUUCAAUAUCGAAAUUAAGUUUUUUAAAGCUUCCAAGUUUCAAUUUCAGUGAGAUUUGUAACUCUAAGAUAUUUCCACGAAUACUUUCCUUUAUAAAUUUUAGAUUUAUGGUAAAUAACUCGAACGGUAAUUUGAACUCAAAUUGUAUUAUAUCAAAAAGAAAAACGAUGAGAAAAGGGAAAGAUGAUUACUCCAAUUCGGAGGAAAUGCCCUUUUUUUCAGAUAAACAAAUAGGAUUGAAUGACUCUUUGGAAGAUUUUUCUCUAAAUAAUACUAACCUUAACAAUAACGAAAUAGACCUGAGCAAUGGGUAUCUCCCCAGGCAAAAAUACAAAGGGGAAAUUUCAACUUUACUUAGAAUAAAAGAUUUACUUAGCCAUUUUCCACCGCAUGGCGACAUUUUAGGUAUUAGCAAAGAUGAAAUUUCUCUAUUCAGAUCAAACUCAGACAAACACAAAGCUGAUAGAGUUCUUCUUUCCUCCGUAAUGAAUUCUAAACCAAAAUUGCAGUUUAAUUCUCUAUCUGUAAGAUUUAAACAUUUAAGCAAUAACUAUACAGUAGAAGAUCAAAACUUAAUUUUAACUAAACUAGAAGCCAAUAAAAAAAUGAAUAUUCAGGAUUGUGAAAACAUUUUUGAAUUAAAAAAAAACAAAAAAGAAUCGAUGAAAAAGGGAUGUUUUGCUGAUAAAAGUGCACACUUUAUGAGUAUGCUUAAUAGUUUUUCAAUUCAAAUGCUUGAAUAUGAAUUCUAUUCCGAAACAGCCUGGUCUAUAUUAUCGAUUUAUUCUGGGGAGUGCUCAAAGUGUAUAAAAGACGAAUUAGACACUCUUUUAUAUAGCUGUAAUAAAAGUAUCACAACAAUAUGUGGCAUAUACAAAGUUCCUACGACAAACCCGAUCAGAUCUUCAAUAUGGAGUUACGUAUUUAAAUUGUGCGGAAUUGUUAAGUUCGAAAUGACGGAAUUGGUUCACAACAGCUUCCUACCCCUUGAACUAAAAGUUUUACUUAAAAAAACCAUACGAUCUCCUCAGAGAAUUUUACGCUCAGAUUUCGAAAGAUGUAGAAUAGUUUUUUCAUAUACAGAACUGAUUUAUUAUUUAAUUGUUGUAUGCAAGGCAAAACAAGCAGUCACUAUAAUCUGUUCAAUACAAUCAUUAUCAAAUAUUUUGAAGAAUGCUCAGUAA